AGAGAGAGAGAGAGAGAGAGUUUGAGAGAUAAUGUGGUGGUACGGUAGGAGUAGGAAAGGAGUGUCAGGAUUUUCAUCCUGUUCCACCGCCGAGGAAGUAACUGAUGGCAUCGACGGGUCUUCACUCACCGCCAUUAUUACAGGGGCAUCAAGCGGUAUUGGUCGGGAAACUGGUCGUGUUCUUGCAUUACGCGGCGUACACGUUAUCAUGGCAAUCAGGAACAUGGAUGCAGGGAACAAGGUUAAAGAAGCCAUUCUCCAGGAAAUUCCAUGUGCUAAAAUCGAUAUAAUGGAAUUGGAUCUCAGUUCCUUUUCAUCCAUCACAAACUUUGCUGCUCAAUUCACUUCCUCUGCCCUUCCACUCAACAUCUUAAUUAACAAUGCAGGUGUUGCACCUCCCUUCACGCUCUCUGAAGACAAGAUAGAGAUGCAAUUUGCCACUAACUAUUUAGGUCAUUUUCUCUUGACUAAUCUAUUGCUAGACAUCAUAAAAAACACAGCACGUCAAACUCAAAUUCAGGGGAGGAUCGUAAAUGUUUCAUCCUUAGCACACCGUUUUACUUACCCCACUGGAAUCCUUUUCGACAACAUCAACGACCCAUCGUCGUAUCAAAAUGCUCGAGCCUAUGGUCAGUCUAAGCUUGCCAAUAUAUUACACGCUAAUCACCUUGCAAGGCUCUUAAGGGUAUAUAUAUUAUUUGAAGAAGAUAUUGUAACUGCAAACUCGUUACAUCCGGGUAUGAUUGCAACGGAUCUUUACCGGCACAACAGUUUGGUCGCAGGGAUAGUGAACAAGUUUGUUAAGUAUGUGAUUAAGAAUGUUGAACAGGGUGCUGCAACUACAUGUUAUGUGGCGUUGCAUCCUGGAGUGAAGGAGAUAAGCGGCGGUUAUUUCUCAGAUUGUAACUUAUCGACGGCAAGCGAUCAGGCCAAUGAUGUUCAACUCGCUACCAAACUAUGGGAUUUCACCAUCCAAUUACUUGCAUCCCACUCAAACAAAUAA